UGCUCAGACAUGGCGGAGGAUACAGUGUAACUGAGUAUCAGCGGCGGAGUUACGUGAGUUUUCCCGGCAGUUCGGUCGUCUACGGGCGCAUUAAAUGCCACAGAAGGAGAAGGACAAUGUGUUCGGCUGAAGCGUACACUGAGGGGAAGCGAAAAACGACCUGAACUGCCACGUACGAGUAAGAUGGAAAAAUGUAUCGCUGUUUAGUGCAGUCAACAGCCUUGGGCAACAAAUAUGGCUUCUUGUGCCUUUUUCAUUAUGCUGUAAAAAUUGAUCUCCCGUGCAACCUAAUGCCGUGGUGGCUCCGGCUAACUUCUGCAAGCCGCGAUAACUUAAGUUCAAUAGUCGCUCGGUACUUUUGAUCGCUAAGGAUUUUGCAUCCACUUGGCCGUCUGGGGUUAGCUGGGAAGCUAAGGAACUACAGCGGAUAGCAAUGGAGCCAAAGCACAAAGAGUUGCUAGACCAGUGCCACCAGAACUUGCUGGAGUCCAUAACAGAUGCGGACCGAGUCAUAGAGCUGCUGAUAGUCUCUGGCACCUUGAGCCAACUCGAUAGGUUCGAGCUGGACCAGAACUGUUCGUCCAGCGCCGAGAAAGUGGACCACCUUUUGAAGAUGCUGAUGAACAAGGAGAGCGACCAUUUCCUCGACCUGUGUGUGGCCCUGGAGAAGGCAUACCCUGACCUGUAUGCAGCCCUGUUCAGCAACAACGGCGGCGGACCUGUGGACCACUCCACCGGUUCCACAUACAGCGUUCUGUCCACGAUGCCCUCUGACUCAGAAAGCAGCAGCUCCCUCAGUAGCGUCGGUUCGCCUGUUAACGGCGAAGCGUCCUCCCCGCCCCCAGCUAUCAACGACAACCGACCAUCCGGCGACAACCUGGACACCAUCUUGUUCCAGCUCCGCCAGGUGACCAGGGAGAGGGAUGAGCUCCGUAAGCGUCUGGCGUUGGCGUCGCCUGGGACCACCUUCGACGACUGCAGGCCUAAUUCAAAACCCAGUCAUGACUACGAGCGUCUGAAAAGUCAAUGCAUGAGAGCCAUGGCAGAUCUGCAGUCUCUCCAGAACCAGCAUACCAAAACACUAAAGAGGUGCGAGGAGGCCGUGAAAGAGGCCGACUUCUACCACAUGCUGCACAGCCGCGUGUUGGGUGAACAGACGCAGCUGAAGGAGGAGAUGGAGACACUCAGGAGGGACAACGCCCAGCGUCCGGAGCACAACCACGUCAAGCAGAACUGCGAGGAGCUCAAGCGACUGCACGGUCAAGACCAGAAAGAGUUGGCCGACCUUCGGCUGCAGCAACAGCAGGUAAUGAGAGAGAAGGGCUCAUCCGAGGUGUUGAACAAACUGUACGACACAGCUAUGGACAAGCUGGAGGGGGUAAAGAAGGAGUACGACGCUCUGAGCAAGCGCUACAGCGAGAAGGUGGCUAACCAUAACACGGACCUGAGCCGCCUGGAGCAGGCCGAGGAGGAGAACCGGAGGCUGCAGAAGCAGAUGGACGCACUGCUCAAACAGCGAGACUCGGCCAUGCACUACCAGCAGCAGUACUCCACCUCGAUGCGGAGGUUCGAUUCCGUGCAACAAGAGCUGAACAAGUCCUCGGCUCAGAACAAGGAGCUUCAGAGAGAGAUGGAGCGCCUGCAGUCGGAGGUGACGCGCUACAAGAACCUGCAGCUGAAGGCAUCCAAGGACUGCGAUAAGUUCAAAGAGGAGAGGGACUCUGUGUUCAAUGAGUACCGUCUCAUCAUGAGCGAGAGGGACCAGGUGAUCAAGGAGCUGGACAAGCUGCAGACGGAGCUGGAGGCUGCUGAAGCUCGACUGAAAAACACGUCUUCAGAGAGAGUGGUGGCCAGUGAAGAGUUGGAGGCACUGCGACAGGAGUUGAACUCGUCGCUUGUGGACCGCGACCGGGCCAUCUGCGAGAGGAACGAGCUUCUGGAGAAGUACUGCCACGAGGUGAAGGACAAGGCCGAGGCCCAGAAGGAGCUGAGCCAGGCCUGCAAGGACAUCGAGAUGGUCCGGGAGGAGAGGGACGUGGCUCGCAAGGAGAGGACGGAGGCCAUCAUUCAAAGGGAUCAGCUGCUCAGAGAGUACUACCAGGCCAGACAGAAACAAGACUCGGCCACCCUGGACAUGGAACGGGCCAAUAAGGAGAUCGAGAUGCUGAGGAAACAGUACGAGGCCAUGUCGCAGGAACUGAAGGAGGCGACGCAGGAGGCAGAGGUUGCCAAAUGUCGACGGGACUGGGCCUUUCAGGAGAGGGACAAAAUAGUGGCGGAGAGGGAGAGCAUAAGGACUCUGUGUGAUAACCUGCGGCGGGAGCGAGAUAGGGCAGUAAGCGAUUUGGCAGAUGCCCUGCGUAAUCUGGAUGAUAUGAGGAAACAGAAGAACGAUGGGCUGCGAGAGCUCAAAGAGCUGAAGGAGAAGAUGGAGAGCCAGCUGGAAAAGGAGGCCCGGUUCUGUCAGCUUAUGGCCCACAGCUCACACGACUCGGCCAUCGACACGGACUCCCUGGAGUGGGAGACGGAGGUGGUGGAGUUUGAGAAAGACAGGGAGGACAUGGAUUUGAAGGCACUUGGGUUUGAUAUUGCAGAGGGGGUAAAUGAUCCUUAUUUACCAGGAGAUUGUGGAAUAUUUGUUACGAGGGUGGACAAAGGAAGUAUCGCGGAUGGAAGGUUAAGAGUGAAUGAUUGGUUGUUGAAGAUCAACGACAUGGACCUGACCAAUAAGGACAGGAAGCAGGUGGUGAAGGCGGUCCUUAAUGUCGGAGGUUUGAUCAACAUGGUGGUACGAAGGAGGAAGUCUCUUGGAGGGAGGCUGGUCACUCCGGUUCACAUCAACCUGGUGGGACACAAAGACAGUGGAAUCGGUCUGGAAAGCGGCGUGUUUGUCACCGCCCUCACCCAGGGUAGCCCAGCAGCCAGGGAAGGUGCUCUCACAGUUGGUGACAGGCUGAUCGCUAUAAAUGGCAUCGUCCUUGAUAACAAAUCUGUGACAGAGUGCGAGGCUCUGUUGAGGAGCUGCAGGGACUCUCUCAGCCUCUCUCUCAUGAAGUUCUUCCCUCACAGCACAUCGGGCCAGAACAUCUUUGAGAGUCUGCGCGAUUCAUCGGAGAAGUCCAACGGGCGCCUUCACCCGUCAGAGAUUCACUCCCGCAACAGCCGCAACCUCAAACACAACAGCUCGACGCAGACUGACAUCUUCUGCCCGGACGUUGGGAGCACCAGCACAGGUAGCAUCUCCGGGGAGAGGAGGAAGGUCAGAGGAGAAUCAGACGAGGCGUACAGCGACAUCAGCAAGCCGUUCUCCACGGGUUCCCUCCACGCCACCAGCCUGCGGCCGGCCUCCGACUUGGGCACCGGGCGCUAUGGGCCCAGCGCUUUCCAAGAGUGCUGCCCCUACACUAAGGCGCCUUCCUCCCUGCCCUUUGAUCCCGUCUCUGCCUCAGACUGCAUCACCGUGGAGACGACUCUGGAGAAGAAGCACAGUGGGGGAACAUGGCCCAAAAUGAUUGUUGGAGGUAUGUCAGUUGCACCAGACAACAGCAGCCCGAUCACAGUAGCAGCCCAGCUCUCCAUCUACAAAUCACCCAAACAGAGGAAGUCCAUCUUUGACCCGGACACUUUCAAACGCCCCGAAACACCGUCCUCUAAGAUGGAGUACAUGGCAGCAAAUCAGAUCGCAGCCGCUGCAGCCUCACACUCCCCUCAGCCUUCAAAGACAGAGUCCCUCUCCUCGUCAUCCACCCCUACCCCGACCCCUCCGACCCCGCCCACUCGCAGUGACUCCUUUAAGUUCAAACACAAGCAUCAGAGCAGCUCCGCCUCCGACUGCACCAUCACGUCAGAUGGCAAGGGAGAGGCCGCCAUCUCCAUGGCAGCGGGAGAGAGCAGAGAGAGGAGCGAGCGGGAAAGGGACAGGAACGGAAACCACUAUUUUCUGGACGGCAAGGUGCUCACCUCGAGGAAGUCGUGUGACGAGGACAUUGGUCGAACCAGGGGGGAGGAACCAGAGGUGAAGAGGCCCCGCCCUAAAUCUGCCCCCGCCCUUCGCCGUAGGAUGACCCCGCAGACCAUCACGCUUCCCACCUUCCAAAGCUACUCUAACGACGAGCAUUCGCCGGAGCCCAGGGACAUGCUGCGUUCCUCCCCCAGCCGCUCCCACAGGCACAGCGUCGGCUUCGUCCCCACCGUCUACAACGGCUCCCUACCUCCCAAUUCAGCCCACAGGGGUCUGGCUCCGUGCCCUGUGACGGCCGUGAUGAGGAAUCCAGUGUACACGGUGCGCAGCCACCGCGUUCACACCAGCAACUGUCCAUCUGUCGCCUCGCAGAUCUGUCACCAGCACUCCCACACCAGCCCACAGCACCAGGGUCGCCUGAGCCUGGACCUGAGCCAGCAGAAGCGUGCGGGCGAAUACUCUGAAUCCUCGUCGUCACGCAGCAGCAGAGCGUCACACGGUACAAACUCACUGCCCUCCAGCGCUCGACUCGGUUCUUCCAAUAAUGUCCAGUACCGCACAGAGAGGAUCAAAAUCCCUUCCACUCCACGCUACCCUCGCUCCAUGCUGGGGUCAGACAGAGGCUCCCUCUCUCACUCCGAGUGUAGCAGCCCCAGUCUCAUCACUCCACCACAAUCACCACUCAAUCUGGAGACCUCCUCGUUCGCCAGCAGCCAAUCGCAAGGCUCCAUUUCCACUUUACCUCGGAUCUCGGUCAGCCCUGUGCCGAUAGGGGAGCGCAGGAAAGACAGGCCGUACUUGGAGGAACCCCGCAAUGUCAUUGUGCACAAAGGUGCAGAGCCGCUGGGCAUCUCCAUCGUCGGCGGGGAGAACGGUGGGAUCUUUGUGUCUAAAGUUACUGGAGGUAGCAUCGCCCACCAGGCCGGAUUGGAGUAUGGAGACCAAUUACUGGAGUUUAACGGCAUCAAUCUGCGGAACGCCACGGAGCAGCAGGCUCGUCUCAUCAUCGGCCAGCAGUGCGACACCAUCACCAUCAUGGCCCAGUACAACCCGCACAUGUAUCAGCUGGGCAACCACUCUCGCUCCAGCUCCCGCCUGGAGCCAGUCAGCACUCAGUCGACCCCCCAGGGGAGCGGAGCUGCCACGCCCGACAAUCACUCCACCAUCGAUACACUCAGCGAGCAGGACGAGGGCACGCUCACCCCCUCCUCCAAGCAGACCACGCCCACCACCAGCCCAAACAAUUUCAUCAGAAUGCCAUCUGAGGGCAGCAGGAAGCUGGCUGAGCCUCGGCUUGUGACGGUGCGCAGGCCGGGGGUGGAGGUGGGAGUCACGCUCUGUGGAGGGAACCUGCGGGGCGUCUACAUAGACAGCCUUGAUGAGGACAGUCCAGCCAGAGGGCCUGAUGGGCUGCUCCCUGGGGACCUUAUCCUGGAGUACAACUCGGUGAAUAUGAAGAAUAAGACGGCAGAAGAGGUGUACGUGGAGAUGCUGAAGCCCGCAGAGACGGUCACAAUCAAGGUGCAGCAUCGGCCGGAUGACUUCAGCGCGCUCAAAGAUGUCCCAGGAGACGGCUUUUAUAUUAGAGCACUUUACGACCGGGUGGGGGAGGCCGAGGGGGACCUCAGUUUUAAGAAGGAUGACAUCCUGUACGUGGAUGAGUCUUUACCAAAGGGCAGCUUCGGGACCUGGAUGGCCUGGCAGCUAGACGAGAACGCACAGCAGAUCCAGAGGGGGCAGAUCCCCAGCAAGUACAUGAUGGACCAAGAGUUUUACCGCAGACACAGUGUGACUGAUAUGAAGGAAGACUCCGGUAAGACUUUGUCUGCAGCGGCACGCAGGUCCUUCUUCAGGAGGAAGCAGAAACACAAACGCAGCAGCUCCAAAGACAGCAAAGAAACGGUGGCUCUGGACGCCAUCAGCACAGAUUCCAUCCCAUUCCUUGACGACUGCGUGAGCCUGGCAUACCAGCGAGUCCAGAAGGUGGAGUGCACUUCUCCCCGGCCGGUCCUCGUCAUCGGGCCACUCACCGACCCCGUCAAGGAGAUGCUGGUCAAAGAGUCCCCUGGAAAGUUCUGCAGAUGUGUACUGGAGGUGAUGAAGGCAUCCCAGCAGGCAAUCGAGCGGGGAGUCAAGGACUGCCUCUUCAUCGACUACAAGCGCAGAAGUGGCCAUUUUGAUGUGACCACUGUUGCUUCUAUAAAGGAAAUAACAGAAAAGGGCUGUCACUGCUUGUUGGACAUAGCACCGCACGCCAUCGAAAGGCUCCACAGUGUUCACAUUUAUCCAAUAGUUGUCUUUGUCCGCUACAAAAACGCCAAGCAGAUAAAGGAGCAGAAAGAUCCCGUUUAUCUGAGGGACAAAGUGUCUCAAAAACAUUCCAAGGAGCAAUUUGAAAAUGCACAGAAGAUCGAACAAGAGUACAGCAAGUUCUUCACAGGUAUUGUCCAGGGCGGCACCCUCCCUUACAUUUGCACUCAGAUCAUGACUAUAGUUGAUCAAGAACAAAGUAAAGUCCUGUGGACUCCACUCGGCUGCCCCUAGAGGAGGCUGGCUGCCACUACAGGAAGCUGCGGCUUUCAUCUCCAUUCCCCACGCGAACACUAAUUAACCCUUUCACACUACACCAAUAGGUACACUGCAGCGAAGCUAGUAAUGUAAAUUAUAGAUAUUUUUUAUUUUGUCUUUGUAAUGGUUCAUAUUCACAGCCUCCUGUUAUUUCUGAGGAACUCCGGAGCAGGUUUCGUAGCACUGGAUCUCGACAUUUAAAAGUUCAUUCAGUCUUCCCUAAGGGUUUCUGGUGGUGUGUUUGUAAUGCUGCAUUGUAAGCGUCCGUUUACAGUAAAAGAUGAGUCUAACUAUCGGUGUUCAAUAUUAGCUUGAAUGCGUGUGUGUCCCCCCCCCCCCCCCAUGUGAACCCUCAACACUAAUGAAGUUCAGCCACCGUGACCCAUUCGUGUGCCAGAUGAUAUUUGUGGUUCCCCUACGAUUAUGCACCCAGAUGUCGGCCAAUGACAACUAAUUAUGUGAGUUUGUUAUUGUGUGUGUGUGUGUGUGUGUGUGUGUGUGUGAGAGAGAGAGAGAAAACAUUGAAACUGACCACGUCAGUCACGUUUAAUCCCAGUUCUUUGUUAGCAUGAAAAUGAUGCUAUAGAAAUGGAGUGCCAGGAUCAGACAUCACAUUCCUCUUGUGGCGUUUCAUCACAAAAAAAACUUUGCAAACAGCAUCAGACCUCUUGAAGCAUGUAGCUGUGUUCUUCACUGAACCCGACUGCCAGCAGUGACGGCCAUGAAAGCUCAUAAAACACAUCGACGUUUGCUCUAUGCAUUUUGUUUCUAUAGUAGCCGGGCGUGUGGACAGUUCAUGGGCCUUUCGGAAGUGCCUUCGGAGAAGAAGCCUGAUCUCAGACCAGCCCCUGGUCACUUAAAGCCAGAACAUUGGGAGGAUUAAUGAAGGCCUCACUAAGGGUUGCUAUGCACAAUUUGACCAAUCAUGGACUGGAUGAGUCGGGGGGGGGGGCUGUUUUGAGAUCAGUUCUGUGUAGAGCGCAUGACAAUGGCGAGGUUUUGAGGGUAGGUCGAAGCGGCGGCCAACGGGUUAACUCCUCAGAAUGCACUCCAGGGCUAGACAGACCACUGUGUAACUAUCAUUCUAUCUUAACAUAUAUUUAACAACAAUAUAGAGUAUAACAUAAACAGUAUGCAGAUACAGCUGAGAAAAAAGCAUCUAUAAAUAUAUAUAUAUAUAUAUAAAUAUAUUACAUGUAUUUUCACUAGGUCAUACGCCUAGGAUUGUCUGACAGUCAAGUCAUGUCUUAGCAAGUAUUAGCAUGUUUUUUUUUUUUUUUUUUAAGAAUUUAUUUUGGUUUUUUUCGUGGUCGGUUGUCAGUCACCUAUUGAUGUACUCGUUCAAGGAGACACUAUGAAGCAACAUUUGCAGGGUAAUAUCUUUGCAGGAUUUUCCUCUGAUCUGUUUAAAGUUAGUGACUUUUUCAUUGUUAUUUAAUUGUAUUUUUUUAUUCAGGAGGUGAAAAAUAUCAGCCCUUCCACGAGAAAAAAAAAAAAUAUAUAUCCUGAAUUCUUUAUUGUGCCAAACUCCACUGAGGCGACUUUAUCCUUCUGAUCUCUGUUUUGCACUUGUUUAUCUGUUAACCUGAAACAUGUAACUGUUCUCUAGGUUUCUGGUAGACUAUGAAUAGGUACUAUGAUCUCUACUGAAACUAAUUCUCCUUUUUAUCUCUUACAUCAGUUCCUUACAUUUCAUUGAUGGCCUUUUAAUUUUUUCUUUGGAUUAGAAAAAAAAGGAUCACUUCUUAUUUGAAUUCUUAAAAAGGGAUCUAUUCUUGCACAGUUUUUCAAAGGAAAAAAAAAAAGAGUCCAAAAGUUUGACUUAUCGGGCUCAAAGCAGAAGUAAAGUGUAACGUUACUAUUUUUCUGAGUAGAUAGUGUAUGUUAGUGAGAGUGGGAUACAACGUGAAGUGGUUGUAUUUUUAGAGAGGGUCCUAGUUACCAGGUACUGAUUGAACUUUUCUUUUUAUUAAAAAAGAAUGUGAUUUGUAUGUUGAGACAUUAACAUGAGAAUAAAACUCAUUUUCUGUAUCACUA